AGGGGAGUGGGUGAAGAAACAGAUGAGAGUGUGACGGACAUUUCAAAGCAGUGCUUCAGAUUCUCAUUGUUUUCACAGCUAUCUUGCUAUAAACUUCCUUUCCAUAUCUCUUCUGUAAACCUCAUUUUUUUCCUAAAAACUUCCCAGACAGAUCUGCAUUUCUUUCUCCGCCCAUGGAAUCAGCCGCCGUUCUCCGCUCCCUCCACCAUUCUGUUGGUAAUUCUCACCUGAAGUCGAUAUUGGAUAUGGCUGGUGUGGUUCCCAUGAAUAAUGCUGCAUUCUCCAACAGAAGUGGCUUGACAUUUGGCGGGAAGCUCAUCUGUUCGCGAAACAGGGACAACAGAUUAGUAAUGUCAUCUGCAAAGACACCAGAAACUAUACCAACAAAUUUGAAUGGAGCAGCUGUUCUGACUGAUAGCCAACAAACUGUGCCAGAUGAGAAGAAUUCCCUGACACAAGCUAUAUUCCCUGAUGGUUUUGAGGCCCUAAUCACAGAAGUCUGUGAUGACACAGAAAUUGCUGAGUUGAAACUUAAGGCUGGGGAUUUUGAGAUGCACCUAUUGCGGAAAAUUGAGGCUACAGCAGUCCCAGCCCCAGUUGUCUCUCCCACAGCACCGCCUAGUCCAAGUCAACCAGCAGUUGACUCAUUGUCUGCUGCUUCUUCAGCAUCUCCAUCAAAACCAUCUGAAAAAUCUAGCCCAUUUAUAAAUGUCUCCACCGAGAAGUCAGCAAAGUUGGCUGCACUAGAGGCUUCCGGAUCUAGUGGUUAUGUUCUAGUAUUAUCUCAAGCUGUUGGCUCAUUUCGAAGGGCUAGAACUGCAAAGGGAAAGAAGCUACCACUUGCCUGCAAGGAGGGCGAUAUUAUAAAAGCAGGACAAACUAUUGGCUUUCUGGAUCAGUUUAGUUCUGAGGUUCCAGUCAAAGCAGAUGUGGCUGGAAAAGUCUUGAAGAUCCUCUAUGAUGAUGGAGAAGCUGUUGGCUAUGGAGAUCCACUUGUUGCUGUGCUACCAUAGUUUCAUGGUAUGAACCGAAGAUUUUUGUGGCAAUACUAUGUUGUGUUGGUUCCCAUUUUAAGAGAUCAAGCAGACGAGUUCUUUGUUUUCUAGUAAUUAUCCACUAUUUUGCCCCAUGCGCCUCAUAAUCUUGAUUUGGUAGAAUAGGGUAUAGAAGGGUGGUGUUUACUGUUACUUUUUGAGAGCUAAGUUUGUAAUUUUCUCUCACUUUCAAAAUGUCGUAUUUUUACCUUCAAAAUGUCAUAACACUAAAUUUACAAUUAUUUUUGGUUGGUGGGUUUAGGCAUAAGGAAUAAGUAUAAAAGUGGUUGUUAGUAUUUGGUUGAUAGGUUUUGAGAAUGCUACUAUGGGUUUGGAAUACUCCAUUAAUGAGAAAAUUCAUACCCUUA